UGUUACGUGUUUUAUUUGUAAGGUUAUGUUUUGAAAAAUAGCGAUUUGUAACAAGAACAUUAAAUAUAUUGCGUUCCGUCUAUUUUGUGACAAAUAAAAUAAUAUUAAAAAGGAAUGACUCUACAAGAGAGGCACGAACAAAUUCUAGACAGAUGCGUUGAAUCUCUAAAAACAUGGAAAGAUUUGAUCGCAGAAUACAUCGAUGAAGAUGAUAGUGUUGCUGAGAUUAACAAACUAAAAGAAACCACUGAAAGUUAUUGUGAUAUUAGUCGAAAAUUUAAGAGUUCAUUAAGAGCUAUAGAAAAAACAGAGGAACAACUCGGUAAUGAAAGCGAAGAAUGCACUAGAAAUGUCAAAGAACUCUUUGAAGAAAAUUUGAAACAAGAAGAAGAGACUACUGAGGAAUACACCGACAGCGAUAUCUGGCAAAACGUUUUUAAAGGAAUGAGCGACGUAAUGGAAGUAAAAAGUAAAAGGAAAAAACUUAACGAUAGCGAAUUUGAGGAGUUAGGUGAUUCGUUGUUUUGUUCAAAUGUAUUUACUCCCCCAAUUGAUCCUAUCAGUAAAGUUAUUAUUAGAGAUCCCGUGAGAAGCAGGAAGUGUAAACAUGUUUAUGAACGUGCUAUGAUUACUGAUUAUAUAAAACAACAGAAGAGGAAGGCAAAGUGCCCAUAUGUUGGUUGCAGUAGUAAGCAGUUACUAAUGUCUGACAUUACUGAAGAUUCUGAACUUCAGAGCCAGAUAACGCAAUAUAUGGAGAAUCGUGUUGAUGAAGAUACAGACGAUUGACAAUUUUUUGUUAUAUGUAUACACUUAGAUUUGUAUUUUUUCUAAUAAAACUUUAUCAAGAUUAAUAUAACUUUAUUG